AGCACCUUUGUUGUGAGAUCACGUAAAAGUGUUGGAAUGCCACCGAUUGAGGUUGUAGUUUGCGAUAUGAUGGUUUUGUUGUGUUGACUGCACUGCAAGUGCUGCAAGCGAUGGGGGUUCAGCUCUGAGCAAUGCAACUGCUCAUUGAACUGUCGCGGGUUUGUCAGUUCCAAGCACAGGUGCAAGUAAAUAUGCUGACUGAUCAAGCUCUCUUACUCCAGUGAUAGUGGAGUCCAAAGGAUGUCAGAGGACCAGUCGGCGGCGGCGGCGGCGGCGGGCGGCGGCAGCGGCGGUGGCGCGGACCGGGCCCGGCCGCCCGGCGACAUGCUGGCCAUCAGUGUCGCUAUCCCAGACGCCGCCGCCUCCGAGCUAGACUCGGCGUCGACCACGCCCGCCGGCGACGAGGGUGACCCGUUCCACCAGCCGGUGGGCCAUCUGUCGCCGGGCGCGCUGCGGCGCGGCCCCGGCCGGCCGCGCAAGGACACCGUCAGUCCGGUCGACCAGCGCCGCACCAUCGGACUGAAGCUGAAGCGACUGAGCAGCGGCACGUACGUGCGCGGCGUGCCGUCGCCGCUGCCGGGCUCGGUGGCCGACCCGUGGGGUGACAACUCGCGCGACGCCGAGGACGACUGCUCGGACACCAGCUCGGUGCAGAGCUCGCUGGACCGCUCGGCCAGCCUCGACGAGUCGCUCGUGUUCCAGGAGCGCUGGCCGGGCAAGGUGUGCGCCCUGUGCAACCUGGGCGAGCGCAGCAUCCUGGGCCAGGGCGACAUGCGGUGCGUGCCGGGCGCGGCCGGCGCCGGCGGCGACGCGGCCGCCACCGACCCGGCCGCCGCCGACCCGGCCAGGAGGAUCAAGACCGUCGUCAAAAAAGAGAAGGUGGCCUGCUCGCCGCGCAAGGACGGUCCGCUGGGGGACGAGCCGUGCGACGAGCUGACGCUGGUCGGCCACGUGCACCAGCCGAGCGCCGACCAGCUGCUGGACGAGGCCGGCCACUACUACCUGCACGCCGGCUGUGCGCUGUGGUCGCGCGGCGUGCGCUCGCCCGACGACGGCCUCAGCCUGGAGGGCGCCGAGCGGGCCGUCAGCGCCGCCGCGGCCGUCCGCUGCAGCUUCUGCCAGAGGUUCGGCGCGUCGGUGUACUGCGCUGUCGACGAGUGCCUGGCCGUGUUCCACCUGCCGUGUGCCGCCGCCUCGGGCGCCUUCCAGAACAUGAACACCAAACAGGUGUACUGUGUCACCCACCUGAGUCGCAUUCCGGCCGACGGCGAGGAGGCCUGCAUCAACUGCGACGACUCGGGCGCGCUGGAGUCGAUGCUGUUCUGCUCGUCUUGCGGCAACCACUUCCACGCCGACUGCACCACCCCGCCUCUGCCCCUGAGUCCGAACGUGCGGGCCGGCUGGCAGUGUCCCAGCUGCAAAGUGUGUCAGCACUGCAGGCAGCCGGGCGAGGAGGGCCGCCAGCUCUGCUGCGACAGCUGCGACAAGGCCUUCCACAUCUACUGCGUCCGGCCCACGCUCGGCGCUAUACCAAAGAGCGGCUGGAAGUGCCGGUACUGCCGCGUCUGCACCGACUGCGGCUCCCGCACGCCCGGCGCCGGCAUCAGCUGCCGCUGGCACAACACGUACUCGGUGUGCGACUCGUGCUACCAGCAGCGCAACAAGGGCGUCUGCUGCCCGGUGUGCGGCCGCGCCUACCGCCACUUCGCGCAGAAGACCAUGCAGCAGUGCAGCGCCUGCCGACGGUACGUGCAUAGCACGUGCGACCCGGAGGCCGACCCGUCGGCGGUGCAGCAGCGGCGCCAGGCGGCGCCCGACUACGAGUACGUGUGCUCGGUGUGUCAGACGGGCGGCGCGCCGGCGCGCUCCGGCCGCCCGCACGACGACGGCUCGCUGGACAGCCACGGCGAUGUGCCCGCCACGCCCGGGUCGGCCCAGCCCGGCGGCGAGCCCUUCCACUUCGGGGAUGACGGGGCGCCGCGGGCCAAGGGCGGAGGCAAACCGAUGCAUCUCGUCAAGAAAAAGCUAGGUAUCAAGAGCGGCAGCGGCGGUAGGCUGGGUGUGAAGCCGGCCAAGCCGGCCAAAAUCGACGUGCUGAAGAAGAAGCGGCUGCCCGACCUCAACAGGAAGCGGCCGUACAAGGCCAAGGUUCGCGGCAUGUUCGGCGCGCCGGCCGUGUCACUCCAGCGUCCGGAGAACCCGAUGGGCCACGCAGCCGGCGGCGGCUCCUACUACAAGACCAACCCGAACGAGGACAACCAGAUGGUGCUGUGCUCGUCCAAGGACGAGUUCGUGCUGCAGCAGGACGUGUGCGUCAUGUGCGGCUCGUUCGGUCAGGACAUGGAGGGACGGGUCAUCGCCUGCUCGCAGUGCGGCCAGGCCUACCACCCGUACUGCAUCAACGUCAAGGUGUCGAAGGUGCUGCUGGAGCGCGGCUUCCGCUGCCUCGACUGCACCGUCUGCGAGGGCUGCGGCCAGAAGAACGACGAGAGCCGGCUGAUCCUGUGCGACGAGUGCGACAUCUCCUACCACACCUACUGCUUGAAGCCGCCGCUCGACUACGUGCCGCAGGGCGGCUGGAAGUGCCAGUGGUGCGCCGUGUGCGUGCACUGCGGCUCCAACAGCCCGGGCGUCGGCUGCUCCUGGCUGGACAACUACAGCAUGUGCGGACCGUGCGGCUCGCUGACCCGCUGCGCCACCUGCGAGGGCCCCUACACCGAGGGACAGCUUAUCAUCCAGUGCUCCGUUUGCCAGAGGUGGGGCCACGCGGCCGACGACUUCAUCCACAGCGAGGAGGACGCCGAGGUGUGCGCCACCAUGGGGUACAUGUGCGCGCGCUGCCGGCCGGCCGACGAGCCGCCGCCGCACAUGCAGCCGUCGGUCGACGCCAGCAUCGUGGAGCCCGACAGUCCAGAGCCUGAACAGUGGCGGCCGUCCAAACACUUCUUCGUGCUGGAGGGCGUGUGUGUCUCGGACACGGGCUGCAAGGUCAUCCAGGGGCUCACCAUUGAGCCUGCCAAGAAGAAGAAGAAGCGCGUCGACUGUAAGAGCGACGGCGGAAUAUCGGCCGCCAUUGAUAGCGUGCUGGGCAAUACGUCGAUCGAGGAGUCUGAGGAGGCCGACGGGCCGGCCGAGUCGGCGGCGCCGUCCUGCUUCAAGGACGGCAUGGUGCUGCCGGCGCGCGAGGACGGCGCGCCGCCGGAGCCGCCCGACGGCUUCAGCAUCUCCCGGCUCGAGUCGGGCGACUACGUCAUCCGCAAGAAGCGCACGCGCAACAUGCAGAAAAUCGGCGUCGGCGGGUUCUACGUGAAGGCGCGCGGGCCCAAGAUCCUGAACAUGAAGGACGAGGAGGAGCGCCAGGAGGCGGCGCAGGCGGCGGCGGCGGCGGCGCUGGCGGCUGCCACGGCGACGGCCGAGGGCGGCGCGGCGCCGCUGACGCCGGGCGCGCCUGUGACGCCCACGGACGACAGCCACACACCGGUCUCGGCCGGCGACACAUCCUCCACACACUUCGCCGUGCCCGGCGACAAGCCCAAGAAGAAGGCCGUGCGCAGGAACAAGAAGUACAAGCUGAUCGAGGCGUACCCACUCUAUUUGCAGGAGUCAUUUUUCGGGAAAGAGCUGAUGGACGGCUCAAAGGACGCCAAGGCGCCGGAGGGAGAGGAAGACAAAGAGGAGCCGAACCCGCCCGAAGAGGAUGAAGACGACAUUGCGCCUCCGGAGGAACUCUGCACGGUCCAGCUGUCCAAGGCGGAGAAGGAGCUUGUGCGGGAGGCCCAGGAACGCGUGGAGACGGAGGAGCGCCGCUGCCAGCAGGAGCGCGACGCGGCCACCAAGGAACUGGCGUCCGGCUCGGGCGCCGGCGCCGACGCCAAGUCAGACAAGAUGAACGAGACGGACGACGACGCCGACGACGCGCUGGGCGACAUAUUCCCGGGCCUGGGCGCCGACCUGGAGGGCGACCUGGUCGACACCAUCCUCAACGACGACGGCGACGAGCUGGCCAAGCACGCCGACCUGGAGGACAUCCCCGACUCGGAGCUGGCGGCGGCCGACGCCGACAUGUCGGGCGACGAGGCCGAGGCGGCCAGCAAGGACGAGCUGUCGGAGCUGCUGGCCGGCCACUGGCCCGACAGCUUCGAGUCGAUGGUCACCGGCCUGCCCAACAUGGACGGCCAGGACGUGGAGGACCUGCUGAAGGACACGCUGGACGUGCCGGCGCCGCCGGCGCCGUUCGGGGAGUUCGGCGAGCCGUCGAGCGGCGGCGAGGUGGGCUGGGGGCCGGGCGGCGCGGCCGGCGGCGUGCGGCCCGUCCAGGCGCCGCCCGGCAGCACAGGCGAGUCGCAGACCUACAACCAGCGCAACAUGGCCAAGUGGGAACACGACGAGAGUCUGGGCGAGGCGGCCACCAUCUCGCCUGUGCUCUACGCCAACCACAAACACCCGGAGCUGCGUGCCGAAUUUCCAGCGGUCGCCGACCGAGUGCGGCAGAUCAUGAAGAUUUGGCGCGCCCUCUCGCCGGAGAGCAAGCAGCCAUACCUGCAGAAGGCGAAGGAGAACCGCUCGGCGAGCAAGGAGGCCGUCCAGCCGCGGCCCACCACGCUGCAGACCAACGAGCAGCAGUGGCGGCAGAUGCAGCGCCAGCUGGAGGAGGACCUGCCCACCUCGCUGCAGAGCCGCGUGCCGCCCCAGCUGCACGUGACCACCUCCCAGGGAGCGCAGCCAUCGCAGCCAUCGCAGCCAUCACAGCCGCCGCCAGCCACCGAGGAGAAACAGGAGGGCGACGACGACGACGAGCUGCUCGGUAUCGGAGAUGACUUCAACCUACUCAACUACGCGCAUCCGGAGCUCGGUGAGCACAAGACGGUGCUAGAGCUGGUGGGCGAGGAGUCGGAGGAGCAGGAGAGCCGCGCCGAAGCCGACGGCGCGCCGCUGCCGCCGCCCCCUACCAGCAGGGCCGAGCGCAAGCCGGCCCUGCUGCAGCCGCUCAGCGAUAUGGACUUUGAGAAGCUGAAGGCGGACGUGAUGGCGGCGCCGGCGGUCGGCAUGAGUCCGCCCGCGCAAGCCAGACCGAUGGUCCGAGCCGAGUACGUUGCCGGGGCGGCCCCGGCGGCGCCCCAUCCGCCCAUGGGCCAGAUGUACCAGGGCAUGCAGACCAUGGUGCGGCCCCAGAUGGGCAUGCAGCAGGUGCAGGCUGCCCACGACCCCGGCAUCCACCCAGCGCUGCUGGCUCAGCAGCGUGAGAGCACGCUGCACUCGCAACGGGCGCCGCCGGCGCUGCUGGCCAGCCCGGCGGCCGCCGCGCCGCCGCCCGUCACGCUCACCGUGAAGAACACUCUGGCGCCGCCGCUGCCGGUCGACAACCCGCAGACGCCCGAGCAGUUCAAGGCCAUGCAGGAUUACGAGCAGUGGCUGCUGCAGGAGCAGCAGGUGUACAGCAUGCAGCUGAAGACGCUGGAGGUCGAGAUCACCAAGUACCGCAAGCAGCGCCGCUCGUUCAACAGCAAGCAGCGCACGCUGCGCAAGAACAACCAGGAGCUGAGCGAGGUGGACGCGCUCGAGUUUGACCGCAUCUGCGCGGAGCAGGCGGCCAUUCAGAAGCAGAUUGAGUCGGUGCGCAAGGGCUCACGCCAACACAACGCACUGCUGCAGGAGCACCGUAACAAGAGGCCGAAGCCGCCGGCGCCGCCGGGCGCGGGCGGGGCGGUGAUGUCGCCGUCGCCGUUCGUCACCAGCCCGCAGCCGAGUCCGAUGAUGUCCCCGGCGCACGUGGCCAGCCCGGGCGGCGUGCACCACCCGCAGAGUCCGCACACGCCGCAGCAGACGCCCACACCGACCCCAACAGCAGAUCGUGUCGCCCCGGCCUCCGCAGAGCCCGUGCCCCGCGCCGUCUCCUGGUCACGAGCAGCAGUACUACAUGUCACAGCAGCAGCAGCAGCAGCAGCCGCAGCAGCAGCCACCAACAGCAACAACAGCACACAGCAGCUUCAGCGCUACGGCGGCGGUAGCGGGCCGCAGACUCCGACCCAACAGCAGAUCGUGUCGCCCCGGCCCCCGCAGAGCCCUCGAGCCGUGCCGUCUCCCGGCCACGAGCAGCAGUACUACAUACAGCAGCAGCCGCAGCAGCCGCCGCAACAACAGCAGCAACAGCAGCAGCAACUGAGCUCCGGUGACACGGCCGUGGCCGGCCUGGUGGUGGUCACCAAGGUGGUGAUGGUGGACCACCAGCGGCCUGGUGGCGUCGCGGCCGCUCUCACUCGGCAUGUGCUGCAAAGGGCCCGGGAGGCUGAGGAGAUGAAGAAGCAGAAACGGCGUCAGUACCAGCAGAAGCGUCGCCAGUCGCAGGGCAAGGAGGGCGGCACGUCCAAAAAGCGGCCCAGGAAGGGGUCGAAGCUGGAGGAGGACUACGACGCGUUCCUGGAGACACUGAUGUCGCAGCUGGCGGCGCUGCCGACGCUGUCGGUGCAGGAGCCGCCGGCGGCCAACCUGGGCCGGCCCGACUACGAGCCCCGCCUGGGCGAGCUCCGACUGCGCGACGGUGACACGCUGGAGGCGCGCCGCGGCGCCGGACUACUACACACGCCGGCCCGCGACGCCGACUCGCCCGACACUGUCAUCAGCUCGUCCUCGCCGGAGACCGUGGUGCCCGACUGCAGCUACAGAUACCCCGCGCGCAACGUCUCGCCCAUCGUCGUCUUCCAGGACUGCGAGCCGGCGGUGGCGGCGAGGACCGACUGGCUGGAGCCGCCGGAGCGGGCCCGCUGCGCCUCGCCUGACAUCCCGCUGAUCGCGCCCGUGCCGGUCCGGCCGCGGCCUGGCGUCACCAGCAGCCAGCUCAACGGCAUGGACAAGGAGAACAAGGAGCUGUCGCUCAAGUCUCACCUGGGCAUCGAGUCGCCGCUGCCGCCGCGCGACUCCGGCCAGGUGACGGUGACGCUGACGCUGACCUCUGAGAAGGCGCAGGACGUGGGCGCCGUGCUGCGCAGCCUGGCCUCGCUGCUGAACAUCUCGCCGCCGUCCGGCUACCAGGUCAUCGAGCGCACCGGCACGCCGCCCAGCCAGCGACUCGGCCUGUACCGGCAGGCGCGCGGCAAGGACGGCCGCGACCAGAUCGUCGACAUCCAGACGAUCCUGAACGGCAAGGCGCGCUUCUGCCAGUACUGCGAGGUGGUCAUCCUCAGCGACAUCAUCACCAAGGCCAAGACGGAGCUGCCGUUCGUGCGCGACGCCGACCAGCUGGCGGACGAGGUGCACUUCUGCAGCCAGUCGUGCUACGGCCAGUUCACCAGCAGCCAGCUGACGCCGGCGGCGGCCGCCGAGCGGCGCGCCGCCGCCGUGGUCGACCAUACGGCGGGAGACAUGUUCACCAACGGCGCCGACCCCUUCACCAAGGAGCUGCUGAGCGUGCGCGAGCGGCAGCUGUCGCGGCACGAGUCCGGCGACUCGAGCCGCCACCUGUCGGGCGGCGCCGGCAGCGACAGGAAAGAGGAGCCCGGCAAACGCUGGAAGAACAUCCGCUACCGCACCUGGUCAGAGGCCAUCCGGCUGCCUAAGAAGUACCGUAAGCCGUCCGACAACGAGCUCACGCAGCUGCUGUUCCAGAUGGGCAUCUGCAUCAUGCCGAGCCGGAUGCCGGAGGAGGUGCGCCGCUGCCUCUUCUGCCAGCUGAUCGGCGACGCCAUGUCGGACGGACCGGCGCGCCUGCUCAACUUCGACGUCGACAAGUGGGUGCACCUCAACUGCGCCCUUUGGGCCGACGACGUGUACGAGACGGAGAGUGGCUCGCUCGUCAAUGUCGACGUGGCGCUGAAGAAGUCGCUCAACGCCGCCUGCACGCUCUGCAAGGAGACGGGCGCCUCCAUCAAGUGCUUCAAAGUGCGCUGCGACAAGACCUACCACCUCACCUGCUCUGUCAAGGACAAGUGCACGUUCUACAAGAACAAGACCGUCUUCUGCCGCGAGCACAUCCCCAAGGGCGAGAAGGACAACGAGCUGACCACGCUGGCCGUUUCUCGGCGCGUCUACAUCGAGCGCGAGGAGAACAAGCAGGUGGCGGUGGUGAUGCACCAAGCCGGCUCGGACCAGUCUCACCUGUUGCGCGUGGGUACGCUGGUCUUCCUGUCGGUCGGCCAGCUGCUACCCCACCAGCUUAGCGCCUUCCACACCGGCAACUACAUCUACCCCAUCGGAUACAAGAUCAUCCGGCUGUAUUGGAGCUUCCGACGAGUCAACAAGCGGUGCCAGUACAUCUGCUCCAUCCAGGAGCGCGACGGCCUGCCCGAGUUCCAGAUCGUGGUGCGGGAGCCGCCGCUCAAGGAGAUCACAUUCACAGACGCCACCUGCCUGGGCGUCUGGAAACAGGUGCUGAAGCCGCUCAGUCGGACGCGCGAGGAGGCCGGCAUGGUGCGCCUGUUCCCGCAGUACGUGACCGGCGAGGACCUGUUCGGCCUCACCGAGCCGGGCAUCAUCAAGAUCCUGGAGUCGCUGCCGGGAAUCGACACGCUCACCGACUACCGCUUCAAGUACGGCCGGAACCCGCUGCUCGAGCUGCCGCUGGCCAUCAACCCCACCGGCUGCGCGCGCUCCGAGGCCAAGCUGCGCACGCACUUCAAGCGGCCGCACACGCAGCGGCCCAGCGGCGGCCACUCGCGCGCGCUCGCGCAUAGCAGCUACACCAGCGACAGCAGCGCGCCGUACUCCAAACAGUACGUGCACUCGCGCAGCUCCCAGUACAAGAAGAUGAAGCAGGAGUGGCGCAACAACGUCUACCUGGCGCGGUCAAAGAUCCAGGGCCUGGGUCUGUACGCGGCGCGCCCCAUCGAGAAGUUCACCAUGAUCAUCGAGUACAUCGGCGAGGUGAUUCGGAACGAGAUCGCCGAGUGCCGCGAGAAACGCUACGAGGCGGCGAACCGAGGCAUCUACAUGUUCCGCGUGGACGAGAACCACGUGGUGGACGCCACGCUGUCGGGCGGGCUGGCGCGCUACAUCAACCACUCGUGCAACCCCAACUGCAUCACAGAGAGCGUGGAGGUGGACCGCGGCCACCACAAGAUCAUCAUCUUCGCCAACCGACGCAUCCAGCGCGGCGAGGAGCUGGCGUACGACUACAAGUUCGACAUAGAGGACGACAGCAACAAGAUCCCGUGCCUCUGCGGGGCGCCCAACUGUCGCAAGUGGAUGAACUAGGGCUGCCCAGGGUCCACCGGGCGGGACUCGCCCCAGUUAGGGGCGACGGGGGCUCGCGAGGGACAGGGCGCAGCUGGGGCCGUUGUGGGGGCGACUGACGGACGUGGGAUGUCUGAGCACCACGCCAGCUGGGGUCUCGCGUCUGUCCGCACCGCCCCCAGCAAGCGUUGCGUUAUUGUAUUGUUGCACUCUAGGUUUAGCGGCAUUGUUUGUACGACACGCCGUGUCCAGUCGUGCGUUGGCAUUAUCGUCUCGUCAUUUGCAUCAUACGUGAAUACACAUGUUGAA